GUGAUGGUUCAGCCUCACGUCGGCAGACAGGACCUGCCUACAGAGACCUGCACACAGUCACCUGAUGGAGGAUCAUCCUCACGGUUACAGCUCACAGGCCACCACAACAUGAGAGUGAGCAGCUGGAGAGCCACAGGAAACGUAAGGGAGAGAGAGGUCUUGGCUGCAUGUGGUCUUCGGUGCGUAAAAUGACGCACGCACACAACCACAGGGCACUGAGUGAGGCACAAGGAGACACGGACCCCUCUGUUGCACACCUCUCCACGUAGGCUGCUAUGUCUCUGGAGGACCCAGUCAUCACAGACCCAGAGGACAGCAGUGGGAACCUGCUUCUGAACGUUUCCAGCGGAGAGCAGCACAGGUACAACAUCUGGCUCCCUGGCGUCGGGAUCGCUGCGGUGUACGGAGUCAUCAUCCUCGUGGGUCUGGUGGGGAAUGUGACCCUGAUGAAGACGUGUCUGUCGGUGAAGUCCAUGCGGACGGUGCCCAACUUGUUCCUGUCCAGUCUGGCUCUGGGGGACGUGCUGCUGCUGCUGACCUGCGCCCCGGUGGACGCCAGCCGCUACCUGGUGGACGAGUGGCUGUUCGGCCGCGUCGGCUGCAAGCUGAUCCCGUUCAUCCAGCUCACCUCCGUGGGAGUGUCCGUGUUCACGCUCACCGCUCUGUCCGCUGACCGGUACAGAGCCAUCGUCAGGCCUCUGGACAGGUCCAGUGCCAAAGUCAGCGUGUGCGUCCGAGCGGGGGCCAUCUGGCUGCUCUCUGUGACCCUGGCCGUCCCCGAGGCCGUCUUCUCCGACCUGCACACCUUCACCACCAGCUUCGGCAACGAGACCUUUGUCACCUGCGCCCCUUACCCUCACGCCGGGGAGCUGCACCCCAAAAUCCACUCCACCGCCUUCUUCCUCAUCUUCUACAUCGUCCCCCUCUUCAUCAUAUCCAUCUACUACUGCUUCAUCGCUCGCAGCCUGGUCAGGAGCUCCGUGGACAUCCCGGCUGAAGGACACCUGCACCUCCAGAGACAGAUCAAGUCCAGGAAGCGUCUGGCCAAAACGGUGCUGGUGUUCGUGGGCCUGUUUGCCGUCUGCUGGCUGCCCAGUCACGUCAUCUACCUGUACCGCUCCUACCACUAUGACCGGGUGGACACCUCGCUGGGCCACUUCAUCGCCAGCGUGUGUGCUCGCAUUCUGGCCUUCGCCAACUCCUGUGUGAACCCUUUCGCCCUCUACCUGAUGAGCAGAAGCUUCAGCAAACACUUCAGGAAGCAGCUCCUGUGCUGCUCUUCUCCAGGACGACUGGACAGUCAGAGCAGCGGGAGCACAAAUAUAACCACCGUCUGAAGGCGUGUGUGUUUUCAGACACUCCUUAUCAACUCUCUUGUUUUAACACACACGUGUUCUUCCGUUCUCCCGGUGACUGUUCUCUUUUCUCCCUCUUCGUGCCACUGUCAAGGACAGCCACUCGGCUUUGUUGCACAUUGUGUAUUGACAAUAAAGGCAUUCAUUCAUUCCUUCAUUCAUUCCCAUAGUAACAGGGUAUUGGUUAUGCAAAUACUAUGACUUGUGCAAUUUACAAAGUGUAAAUGUGUUGUUCUGUAUCAUAUUCACCAUGUAUAGUGUUGACAACAUGUUGAUGUUUAUGUACAGUUAAACAGUAUUUGAGAUGUGUGACGCCCUCUGGUCGU